UCCCCUUCAAGUACUACAUCCUGAAUACCAAUGUCCUUGGCAAAGAGCAGAUCACCCUAACCCAAACCCUUAAUCCACGUCACAGGGCAAUUAAUAACCUUCCUCAUUGAUUUCUGGCAUUGUGGUUCCUUUAUCUUCUCAAGACAUAUGUCAUACUCUACCACCACAAUGGCUGACCACCACCACCACCACCACUACCACCACAAUAAAGAUGAGGAAAAACCUGUUGAUUAUAAGAAGGAAGAGAAGCACCACAAGCAUCUCGAGCAGCUAGGCGAGCUUGGUGCUGUUGCUGCUGGAGCUUAUGCCUUGCAUGAAAAGCAUCAGGCGAAGAAAGAGCCAGAGCAUGCCCACAAGCACAAGAUAGAAGAGGAGAUUGCAGCAGUAGUUGCAGUAGGAGCCGGUGGGUAUGCGUUCCAUGAGCAUCAUGAGAAGAAAGAAGAAGAAAAGGCUCAUGGAAAGAAGCACCACCAUCUCUUUUAAGAGUAUAAAAUAUUUGUAUGUGUUUUGUUGUAU